AAAGAGCUACUUAAAACAAAACCACCGGUCCCCCAAACCGAAAAAAAAAAGCCCACCCGCCUGAAGACGCCGAUCCCCGAUCAACUUUCCGACAGGAUAUACACUCCGUCAGAAAUCACAUUCCAGCUCAAAAAACCAUGUCUGCCUUCUCCAUCUCUCGCGAGGCUUGCCCUACCAUAAAGAACAUCCUCUUAUUGGAUUCUGAAGGAAAGCGGGUGGCGGUUAAGUAUUUUUGUGAUGAUUGGCCUACAAACGCUGCAAGGUUAGCUUUUGAGAAGUCUAUCUUCACAAAAACUCAGAAGACAAAUGCCCGCACUGAAGCGGAGAUAGCAAUGCUGGAGAGCAACAUUGUUGUGUACAAGUUUGUUCAAGAUCUACACUUCUUUGUGACUGGAGGUGAUGAGGAAAACGAGCUGAUAUUAACUACUGUUCUCCAAGGUUUUUAUGAUGCUGUUGCCUUGCUUCUCAGGAACAAUGUGGACCAAAGGGAGGCACUUGAGAACUUAGAUCUGAUUCUGCUGUGCCUUGACGAGAUUGUUGAUGGGGGGAUCGUUCUUGAGACUGAUGGCAGUAUAAUUGCUGGAAAGGUAGCCACCCAUACUAUGGAUGAUGGUUCACCAUUGUCCGAGCAGACCAUUUCUCAAGCUCUGGCCACAGCACGCGAGCAUUUGACAAGAUCACUGCUUAGAUGAAGCUGUCAGUCCUUAGAGAAAAUUAUCACUUUACUUUUUUGUCCCACCGACCGAUUCUUUCUCGUACCUCAUGUACUGUUUCUCAUGUACCUCUUGUUAACUUCAGUCACGUUCAAUUCUUUCUCAUGUACUGUUUGCUUGCUUCCCGUGGCCCUCAUUCAGAAUUAGAAAGCAAAGUCCAAAUAUAGUGCUCUGUUUUGAAAUCUUUUUGUCAAUACCACGGAAAUUGCAAAACCUUGUGGAAAAUUAUUUGAAAUCUUUAUUCAACCCUUUGUUGCCUCUUCUUCUCAAA